GAUUCCCUAGUGGAGGUGGAGGAGAAGUACCGCAAGGCCAUGGUGUCCAAUGCCCAGCUGGACAAUGAGAAGAACAACCUGAUGUACCAGGUGGAUACGCUGAAGGACUCGCUCAUGGAGCUGGAAGAGCUGCUGUCCGAAUCACGCCGCGAGUAUGAGGGGAAGACCAAGGUAUGGGAGAGAUUAGGAGGAGGGAAAGCUGGAGAGAUGGAGGCAGAGAAAGGAUAGGGCCAGAUUAAGAGAAAUAUACAAUUACAGUAAGAUAAAAGAUGAGGGGGAAAAGAGGCCAAAUUAGUAGAGAAAGGGGUAGGCUAUAGAGGAGGGCGAUAUUAGGUGAAAACUGGGAUUGACGUUAGCCAAGUGGUGCCUUUUGGAAACUAUAGUUGGCUGAAAAGACAAAAAAAAAAAAAAAAAAAAAAAGAAUAAUAUAUAAUUUUUUUUAUUGAAAAUGAAAAAAAAGAAAAAAAAAUGAAAAAUAUACUCUGAAAAUUAAGAAUUAAAAAUUAGAAAAAAAUAAUUUGAAGUGGUUGUCCUACUGGCUAUCAUAAGAUGAAUGCACCAAUUUGUAAGUCGCUCUGGAUAAGAGCGUCUGCUAAAUGACGUAAAUGUACUAAUGCAAUAAUGGAGGAUUAUAUACAUGAACUGUAUAGACAUAAUUUCCAGGUUUUUUUCUGGAUCAAAAAGGGGCUUAGGGGGUGGACGUGGCAGGGGGUGUGGCAAUGGGUAUGGUCAGCGUAGCUGGAGUUUAAAGAACAUUUUAGAGGCCCCCAUCUUGGCGGUGUAGAGAAAUUUUGCAGUUUUGAAUGUCCAAUGCAGUAAGGUGCUUAAUUGUUACCUAGGCCUUCAUGGUCCUGGGUAACAAUUAAGUACCUUACUGUGAUUUUUUUCAAUUAAGAUGGUCAAAAAUAAACAAAAAUAGCUUCUUAGCAAAGAGCAAUUUCUCAAGCAAUAAUUUUGCUAGGACUGUCUGGGAGUGGUUUGCGUGGGGAGGGGAAAACUGAAAAAUAGCUGUUAUUGGCAUUUGGCAUAGAGGUUUGGAACUCUAUUUCUUAUAUUUAUUUAAUUUGCUGCAUGUUGAUGUCAUCAUGGAAGGCCAAAACUUCCUCCCACUAAAACAGGCUGAAAUUUCAGGUGGUCUAUUCAAACAGCUCUUACACUAAAAGGGCAUCAUUUUUAACAGUAUUAUUCCAACCACAUAGUGUGGAAAUAUACAUAAAACACAGGAAAAUCUUGUUUUUGACUGCAUUGGAGCUUUAAAGCAAAUUGUAUGUGAUUCUAUAUAUUCUGCCAUGCCUUUGUUAAUUUUCUCAAACAUAAUAACAAAAUCAAUAAUGCUUAUUUCGUAGUCUUUGUCAUUUUCAAUUCUCCCUGACUGUCUAGCCUUUAUUUUGGUGAUUGUUAGUUCUCAAAGAUUAUAUUAUUUAAGAUUACUAGCGGCACCCUGUCCAUAUGGACAGUAAAAAUUAAUUAUUACAUUUAAUGCAAAUUAAAAAUGUGUUUAUCUGUUCAGCUAUUUGGUCUCUGGAUAUACCAAUAUUCUCAGCUCCGGAGCAUUUAAAAAAAAAACACCCAUAGGCCAACUAUUCACUAUUAUUCUACAAUAUAGUAAAAGUUUAAAUAACCUGGAAUGAGUAGGUGUUUCCAAACUUUUGCCUGAAGGUGUAUAUUUAAAGAGGAAAAAAACAGUAGAGGAGGGCUACAGACAUAGAUUUUGUUAAAGAAAAAAGUUGUAAUUUAAUUUAACAUGUCCAAGCAAGAAUGCAUGAUAAAGAUAUGUUGAUGUACAAUACCUAAACCAGUGGGUUUGACAAUUAGGCUAUUGUUGCUAUAAUUUUACUGUUGAAUUAUGGCUCCAGAAUUGCAGAUGGAUUUUGUUCAAUAGAGAUUAAUUUGCUUACAUCUUUGUGUUUACAAAUAGGCUAUCACAUAAGCUAAUUCACUUGUGGCUAAUCACUGAAGAAAGGGAAACCAAAACCACAACUGACCAAAUCAUGAAAAAUAAAACACUCAUAUCUUGAUUAGAUAAGUAUUCAACCCCCUGAGUCAAUACAUGUUAAAAUGUAUUUGGCAGCAAUUACAGCUGUGAGUCUUUCAGGGUUAGUCUCUAAGAGCUUUGUAUUAGCCCAUUAUUCUUUUCAUAAUUUUUCAAGCUCUGUCAAGUUGGUUGUUGAUCAUUGCUAGACAGCCAUUUUCAAGUCUUGCCAUAGAUUUUCAAGUGGAUUUAAGUAAAAACCGGAACUAGGCCACACCGGAGCAUUCAAUGUCGUCUUGGCAGUGACGAUUUUAGCAUGUACAGUGAGGGAAAAAACUAUUUGAUCCCCUGCUGAUUUUGUACGUUUGCCCACUGACAAAGACAUGAUCAGUCUAUAAUUUUAAUGGUAGGUUUAUUUGAACAGUGAGAGACAGAAUAACAGCAACAAAAAUCCAGAAAAACGCAUGUCAAAAAUGUUAUAAAUUGAUUUGCAUUUUACUGAGGGAAAUAAGUAUUUGACCCCUCUGCAAAAUAUGACUUAGUACUUGGUGGCAAAACCCUUGUUGGCAAUCACGGAGGUCAGACAUUUCUUGUAGUUGGCCACCAGGUUUGCACACAUCUCAGGAGGGAUUUUGUCCCACUCCUCUUUGCAGAUCUUCUCCAAGUCAUUAAGGUUUCGAGGCUGACGUUUGUCUACUCGAACCUUCAGCUCCCUCCACAGAUUUUCUAUGGGAUUAAGGUCUGAAGACUGGCUAGGCCACUCCAGGACCUUAAUGUGCUUCUUCUUGAGCCACUCCUUUGUUGCCUUGGCCGUGUGUUUUGGGUCAUUGUCAUGCUGGAAUACCCAUCCACGACCCAUUUUCAAUGCCCUGGCUGAGGGAAGGAGGUUCUCACCCAAGAUUUGACGGUACAUGGCCCCGUCCAUUGUCCCUUUGAUGCGGUGAAGUUGUCCUGUCCCCUUAGCAGAAAAACACCCCCAAAGCAUAAUGUUUCCACCUCCAUGUUUGACGGUGGGGAUGGUGUUCUUGGGGUCAUAGGCAGCAUUCCUCCUCCUCCAAACACGGCGAGUUGAGUUGAUGCCAAAGAGCUGGAUUUUUUUCUCAUUUGACCACAACUCUUUCACCCAGUUCUCCUCUAAAUCAUUCAGAUGUUUAUUGGCAAACUUCAGACCGGCCUGUAUAUGUGCUUUCUUGAGCAGGGGGACCUUGCGGGCGCUGCAGGAUUUCAGUCCUUCACGGCGUAGUGUGUUACCAAUUAUUUUCUUGGUGACUACUGUCCCAGCUGCCUUGAGAUCAUUGACAAUAUCCUCCUGUGUAGUUCUGGGCUGAUUCCUCACCGUUCUCAUGAUCAUUCACUCCACGAGGUGAGAUCUUGCAUGGAGCCCCAGGCCGAGGGAGAUUGAUAGUUAUUUUGUGUUUCUUCCAUUUGCGAAUAAUCGCACCAACUGUUGUCACCUUCUCACCAAGCUGCUUGGCAAUGGUCUUGUAGCCCAUUCCAGCCUUGUGUAGGUGUGAGGUCUACAAUCUUGUCCCUGACAUCCUUGGAGAGCUCUUUGGUCUUGGCCAUGGUCGAGAGUUUGGAAUCUGAUUGAUUGAUUGCUUCUGAGGCAGGUGUCUUUUAUACAGGUAACAAGCUGAGAUUAGGAGCACUCCCUUUAAGAGUGUGCUCCUAAUCUCAGCUCGUUAUCUGUAUAAAAGACACCUGGGAGCCAGAAAUAUUUUUGAUUGAGAGGGGGUCAAAUACUUAUUUCCCUCAUUAAAAUGCAAAUCAAUUUAUAACAUUUUUGACAUGUGUUUUUCUGGAUUUUUGUUGUUGUUAUUCUGUCUCUCACUGUUCAAAUAAACCUACCAUUAAAAUUAUAGACUGAUCCUUUAUUUGUCAGUGGGCAAACGUACAAAAUCAGCAGGGGAUCAAAUACUUUUUUCCCUCACUGUACAUCUUGGUGGGGCAAAAAAAUAAAUAAUUGGAUGCAUGCCAGCAAAGCCACUACACAACACUAAACAAUACAUUAAUUGCACUAUAAUGGUGACAAACGGUGCCCACAAACUGUUAGGGCCUACAUAAAGCUGUCCCAACAGCAGUCCCAACAUCUUACCACUGCUACACCUGGCUAUCAGUGGAGCCUUGUCUGGCAGCGAAACAGUUCAUUCAGCCUCAUUUACUGCUUGAAAAAAAAAACAGACAGUUGAAGUCAGAAGUUUACAUACACCUUAGCCAAAUACAUUUCAACUCAGUUUUUCACAAUUUCUGACAUUUAAUCCUAGUAAAAAUUCCCUGUCUUAGGUCAGUUUAUUUUAAGAAUGUGAAAUGUCAGAAUAAUUAUAGAGAGAAUGAUUUAUUUCAGCUUUUAUUUCUUUCAUCACAUUCCCAGUGGGUCAGAAGUUUACAUACACUCAAUUAGUAUUCCUCCUGAAAGAACUGGUGUAACUGAGUCAGGUUUGUAGGCCUCCUUGCACGCACACGCUUUUUCAGUUCUGCCCACAAAUUUUCUAUAGGAUUGAGGUCAGGGCUUUGUGAUGGCCACUCCAAUACCUUGACUUUGGAAGUAUGCUUGGUGUCAUUGUCCAUUUGCGACCAAGCUUUAACUUCCUGACUGAUGUUGCUUCAAUAUAUCCACAUAAUUUUCCUUCCUCAUGAUGCCAUCUAUUUUGUGAAGUGCACCAGACCCUCCUGCAGCAAAGCACCCCCACAGCAUGAUGCUGCCACCCCCGUGCUUCACGGUUGGGAUGGUGUUCUUCGGCUUGCAAGCUACCCCUUUUUUCCUCCAAACAUAACGAUGGUCAUUAUGGCCAAACAGUUCUAUUUUUGUUUCAUCAGACCAGAGGACAUUUCUCCAAAAAGUACGAUCUUUGUCCCCAUUUUCAGUUGCAAACCGUAGUCUGGCUUUUUUAUGGCGGUUUUGGAGCAGUGGCUUCUUCCUUGCUGAGCGGCCUUUCAGGACUCGUUUUACUGUGGAUAUAGAUACAUUUGUACCUGUUUCCUCCAGCAUCUUCACAAGGUCCUUUGCUGUUUUUCUGGGAUUGAUUUGCACUUUUUGCACCAAUGUACGUUCAUCUCUAGGAGACAGAACGCGUCUCCUUCCUUGUACAGAUGAACGUGGUACCUUCAGGCGUUUGGAAAUUGCUCCCAAGGAUGAACCAGACGUGUGGAGGUCUACAAAAUUUCUAAUGAGGUCUUUUGAUUUUCCCAUGAUGUCAAGCAAAGAGGCACUGAGUUUGAAGGUAGGCCUUGAAAUACAUCCACAGGUACACCUCCAAUUGACUCAAAUGAUGUCAAUUAGCCUAUCAGAAGCUUCUAAAUCCAUGACAUAAUUUUCUGGAAUUUUCCAAGCUGUUUAAAGGCACAGUCAAUUUAGUGUAUGUAAACUUCUGACCCACUGGAAUUGUGAUACAGUGAAUUAAAAGUGAAAUAAUCUGUCUGUAACAAUUAUUGGAAACAGUACUUGUGUCAUGCACAAAGUAGAUGUCCUAACCGACUUGCCAAAACUAUAGUUUGUUAACAAGAAAUGUGUGGAGUGGUUGAAAAACGAGUUUUAAUGACUCCAAUAGCAGGCUAGUGAUUGCUUUGCAAUGCUUGCAGUUAGCCACUGCCACUGAUACCUUCCAAACCACUCAUUGUUGAAUUUGCGAUUUCCAACUUGUUGUGUAAUGUUUAUGUCCAAUGAGCACCGAUACAUUUUAUCUAUAAUUUCUCUUCAUUAUUUCUAUUCAUAUGACAAGGAUUAAAAAGGAUUUGCCAGUAGAUUGUCGACUUGAUUCAUGAUGAUGACUGCUAGCUAAGAUUUUGAAAGUAUGAUGUUGACAUGAUCCGUCCAAUCAAAGCUACUGUAGAUGUAACGUGAUUUGACGUCAUUUUAUCUGUGGCCAAUGACCUUGUGCCUUCUUGGAUGGGCACUUCUAAUGUAACUCGAUGGCAGCACCCAAGGAGCUUGAAUUUUCGAGGUCUACCCUUAGACUUGGCGGUGACGUACUGUCCCCACGAGUGACAGAACACUGAGCUAAUCAUGGCGCAACUAGAGAACAUUACCAACACCUACGCUCCGUAUUUUCCGCUGGCUGCCCCACCACUACAGAAAGCACUGAGCUAGGCUGAAACACCUGCAUUUUGGAGCUGCCUUACUCAAGAAAGCAAAAAAGAGACCAUGUUUGUAUGCGCCUUUAUUAACUCAAUGAUUUUUAACAUUUUUUGCAAACUGGUAUCUGACACGUAUUAAUGCCAAAAUAACAUGCAAAAAAGGUAAGCCCCCCCUCCCUAAAGUGUGGGGUUCAAAACAGGUGGGGCUCUGCUCCACCUGCCCUGAAUGACGGGUUGCCACUGUGUCUUAAGCAACUCCCGUGUAUAUUUGGCCAUGUGUUUUAGGUUAUUGUCCUGCUGGAAGGUGAAUUUGUCUCCCAGUUGAAAAGCAGACGGAACUAGGUUUUCCUCUAGGAUGUUGCCUGUGCUUAGCUCUACUCCGUUCUUUUUAUCCUAAAAAACUCCCUAGUCCUUCCGAUGACAAGCAUACCCAUAACAUGAUGCAGCCACCACAAUGCUUGAAAAUAUGAAGAGUGGUACUCAGUGAUGUGUGUUGGAUUUUCCCCAAACAUAAGGCUUUGUAUUCAGGACAUGAAGUCAGUUUCUUUGCCAAAUUUCUUUGCAGUUUUACUUUAGUGCCUUAUUGCAAACAGGAUGCCUGUUUUGGAAUAUUUUUUAUUCUGUACAGGCUUCCUUCUUUUCACUCUGUCAGUUAGGUUAGUAUUGUGGAGUAACUACAAUGUUGUUGAUCUAUCCUCAGUUUUCUAUCACAGCCAUUAAACUCUGUAACUGUUUUAAUAGCACCAUUGGCCUCAUGGUGAAAUCCCUGAGCGGUUUCCUUCCUCUCCGACAGCUGAGUUAGGAAGGACGCCUUUAUCUUUGUAGUGACUGGGUGUAUUGAUACACCAUCCAAAAGUGUAAUUAAUAACUUCACCAUGCUCAAAGGGAUAUUCAAUGUCUGCUCUUUUUUUUACCCAUCUGCAAGUAGGUGAGUGCCCUUCUUUGCGAGGCAUUCUCUCUUUAUGUAGUGGUUUGUUGUCUCUGUUGUUGUGAUGUGUGUUUGGGCCUAUAUAUAUAUAUAUAUAUAUAUAUAUAUAUAUCAUUUAUUUAUUAUAAUUUUUUUGUCCCCGCAGGAGGCCUUUUGCCUUUUGGUAGGCCAUCAUUGUAAAUAAGAAUUUGCUCAUCAACAAGAAGAAGCACAUUAAGGUCCUGGAGUGGCCUAGCCAUUCUCCAGACCUUAUUCCCAUAGAAACGCAUCUGAGUAGGUUUCUAUUGUGCAAGACUCAGCCGGUACUCUACACAGACCGGUGUGACAUAACCAAUCAGAGCUGCAGUAGACCUGUAUGCAAAUCGACAUUGCCAUAUCUGGAUCUGUACCAUUUACUUUGAACCAGACUUUGUUUACAGCUGUGGUCUUGAGUAGAUGUGCUUGUUUUGAGAUCAAAGCAAGAGCUGCAUUUUGCCAUGUGUGCACAUUUGUUCAUAUCCUUUGCUAGUUAGUGAGUUAUUAGCCCAGUUAUAUAUCAUUUGUAGUCAGCAAUAGGGUAGUGAUUGUUUCCUACAAGAGCACAAAACUUGUAAACAGGUUAAUGUCAAGCCCUGCAUGUUUUUUUCAAAAGUCUCAUGGAAUGUAGGCCUACAUUGAACACCACACAUUGGCUGCUACUGUAGGCUGAAUGAUAGAACAGCUAGAAAUGCCAAGAGUGUGCAAAGCUGUCAUCAAGGCAAAGGGUGGAAACUUUGAAGAAUCUCAAAUAUUAAAUAUAUUUUGAUUUAACACUUAUGGUUACUAAAUGAUUUCAUAUGUGUUAUUUCAUAGUUUUGAUAGCUUCACUAUUAUUCUACAAUGUAGAAAAUAGGACAAAUAAAGAAAAACCCUGGAAUGAGUAGGUGUGUCCAAACCUUUGACUGGUACUGUAUAUAUAUACACAUGUCAAAAAUGUUAUAAAUUGAUUUGCAUUUUAAUGAGGGGAAUAAGUAUUUGACCCCCUCUCAAUCAGAAAGAUUUCUGGCUCCCAGGUGUCUAUUAUACAGGUAACGAGCUGAGAUUAGGAGCACACUCUUACAGGGAGUGCUCCUAAUCUCAGUUUGUUACCUGUAUAAAAGACACCUGUCCACAGAAGCAAUCAAUCAAUCAGAUUGUAGACCUACACAAGGCUGGAAUGGGCUACAAGACCAUCGUCAAGCAGCUUGGUGAGAAGGUGACAACAGUUGGUGCGAUUAUUCGCAAAUGGAAGAAACACAAAAGAACUGUCAAUCUCCCUCGGCCUGGGGCUCCAUGCAAAAUCUCACCUCGUGGAGUUGCAAUGAUCAUGAGAACGGUGAGGAAUCAGCCCAGAACUACACGGGAGGAUCUUGUCAAUGAUCUCAAGGCAGCUGGGACCAUAGUCACCAAGAAAACAAUUGGUAACACACUACGCCGUGAAGGACUGAAAUCCUGCAGCGCCCGCAAGGUCCCCCUGCUCAAGAAAGCACAUAUACAUGCCCGUCUGAAGUUUGCCAAUGAACAUCUGAAUGAUUCAGAGGAGAACUGGGUGAAAAUGUUGUGGUCAGAUGAGACCAAAAUCGAGCUCUUUGGCAUCAACUCAACUCGCUGUGUUUGGAGGAGGAGGAAUGCUGCCUAUGACCCCAAGAACACCAUCCCCACCGUCAAACAUAGAGGUGGAAAAAUUAUGCUUUGGGGGUGUUUUUCUGCUAAGGGGACAGGACAACUUCACCACAUCAAAGGGACGAUGGACGGGGCCAUGUACCGUCAAAUCUUGGGUGAGAACCUCCUUCCCUCAACCAGGGCAUUGAAAAUGGGUCGUGGAUGGGUAUUCCAGCAUGACAAUGACCCAAAACACACGGCCAAGGCAACAAAGGAGUGGCUUAAGAAGAAGCACAUUAAGGUCCUGGAGUGGCCUAGCCAGUCUCCAGACCUUAAUCCCAUAGAAAAUCUGUGGAGGGAGCUGAAGGUUCGAGUUGCCAAACGUCAGCCUCGAAACCUUAAUGACUUGGAGAAGAUCUGCAAAGAGGAGUGGGACAAAAUCCCUCCUGAGAUGUGUGCAAACCUGGUGGCCAACUACAAGAAACGUCUGACCUCUGCGAUUGCCAACAAGGGUUUUGCCACCAAGUACUAAGUCAUGUUUUGCAGAGGGGUCAAAUACUUAUUUCCCUAAUUAAAAUGCAAAUCAAUUUAUAACAUUUUUGACAUGCGUUUUUCUGGAUUUUUGUUGUUGUUAUUCUGUCUCUCACUGUUCAAUUAAACCAACCAUUAAAAUGAUAGACUGAUCAUUUCUUUGUCAGUGGGCAAACGUACAAAAUCAGCAGGGGAUCAAAUACUUUUUUUCCCUCACUGUGUGUGUAUGUAUGUAUGUAUGUAUGUAUAUAUAUAUAUAUAUAUAUAUAUAUGCCAGUACUGGCUGGAUGUCCUUUGGAUGGUGGACCAUUCUAGAUACACACCAGAAACCGUUUUGUGUGUGUGUAUAUAUAUAUAUACACACACACAUACAACGGUUUCUGGUGUGUAUCUAGAACCGUUGUAUGUGUGUAUGUAUGUAUAUACAGUGGGGAGAACAAGUAUUUGAUACACUGCCGAUUUUGCAGGUUUUCCUACUUACAAAGCAUGUAGAGGUCUGUAAUUUUUAUCAUAGGUACACUUCAACUCUGGGAGACGGAAUCUAAAACAAAAAUCCAGAAAAUCACAUUGUAUGAUUUUUUUAAGUAAUUAAUUUGCAUUUUAUUGCAUGACAUAAGUAUUUGAUACAUCAGAAAAGCAGAACUUAAUAUUUGGUACAGAAACCUUUGUUUGCAAUUACAGUGAUCAUGCGUUUCCUGUAGGUCUUGACCAGGUUUGCACACACUGCAGCAGGGAUUUUGGCCCACUCCUCCAUACAGACCUUCUCCAGAUCGCUGGGCAAUACGGACUUUCAGCUCCCUCCAAAGAUUUUCUAUUGGGUUCAGGUCUGGAGACUGGCUAGGCCACUCCAGGACCUUGAGGUGCUUCUUACGGAGCCACUCCUUAGUUGCCCUGGCUGUGUGUUUCGGGUCGUUGUCAUGCUGGAAGACCCAGCCACGACCCAUCUUCAAUGCUCUUACUGAGGGAAGGAGGUUGUUCGCCAAGAUCUCGCGAUACAUGGCCCCAUCCAUCCUCCCCUCAAUACGGUGCAGUCGUCCUGUCCCCUUUGCAGAAAAGCAUCCCCAAAGAAUGAUGUUUCCACCUCCAUGCUUCACGGUUGGGAUGGUGUUCUUGGGGUUGUACUCAUCCUUCUUCUUCCUCCAAACACGGAAAGUGGAGUUUAGACCAAAAAGCUCAAUUUUUGUCUCAUCAGACCACAGGACCUUCUCCCAUUCCUCCUCUGGAUCAUCCAGAUGGUCAUUGGCAAACUUCAGACGGGCCUGGACAUGCGCUGGCUUGAGCAGGGGGACCUUACGUGCGCUGCAGGAUUUUAAUCCAUGACGGCGUAGUGUGUUACUAAUGGUUUUCUUUUAGACUGUGGUCCCAGCUCUCUUCAGGUCAUUGACCAGGUCCUGCCGUGUAGUUCUGGGCUGAUCCCUCACCUUCCUCAUGAUCAUUGAUGCCCCACGAGGUGAGAUCUUGCAUGGAGCCCCAGACCGAGGGUGAUUGACCGUCAUCUUGAACUUCUUCCAUUUUCUAAUAAUUGCGCCAACAGUUGUUGCCUUCUCACCAAGCUGUUUUGCCUAUUGUCCUGUAGCCCAUCCCAGCCUUGUGCAGAUCUACAAUUUUAUCCCUGAUGUCCUUACACAGCUCUCUGGUCUUGGCCAUUGUGGAGAGGUUGGAGUCUGUUUGAUUGAGUGUGUGGACAGGUGUCUUUUUAUACAGGUAACGAGUUGAAACAGGUGCAGUUAAUAAAGGUAAUGAGUGGAGAACAGGAGGGCUUCUUAAAGAAAAUGUAACAGGUCUGUGAGAACCAGAAUUCUUACUGGUUGGUAGGUGAUCAAAUACUUAUGUCAUGCAAUAAAAAUGCAAAUUAAUUACUUAAAAAUCAUACAAUGUGAUUUUCUGGAUUUUUGUUUUAGAUUUCGUCUCUCACAGUUGAAGUGUACCUAUGAUAAAAAUUACAGACCUCUACAUGCUUUGUAAGUAGGAAAACCUGCAAAAUCGGCAGUGUAUCAAAUACUUGUUCUCCCCACUAUAUAUAUAUAUAUAUAUAUAUACAGACAGUGGGGUAAAAAAGUAUUUAGUCAGCCACCAAUUGUGCAAGUUCUCCCACUUAAAAAGAUGAGAGAGGCCUGUAAUUGAGACAAAAUGAUUAAAAAAAAAUCUCCAGAAAAUCACAUUGUAGGAUUUUUUAUGAAUUUAUUUGCAAAUUAUGUUGGAAAAUAAGUAUUUGGUCAAUAACAAAAGUUUCUCAAUACUUUGUUAUAUACCCUUUGUUGGCAAUGACACAGGUCAAAUGUUUUCUGUAAGUCUUCACAAGGUUUUCACACACUGUUGCUGGUAUUUUGGCCCAUUCCUCCAUGCAGAUCUCCUCUAGAGCAGUGAUGUUUUGGGGCUGUCUCUGGGCAACACGGACUUUCAACUCCCUCCAAAGAUUUUCUAUGGGGUUGAGAUCUGGAGACUGGCUAGGCCACUUCAGGACCUUGAAAUGCUUCUUACGAAGCCACUCCUUCGUUUCCCGGGCGGUGUGUUUGGGAUCAUUGUCAUGCUGAAAGACCCAGCCACGUUUCAUCUUCAAUGCCCUUGCUGAUGGAAGGAGGUUUUCACUCAAAAUCUCACGAUACAUGGCCCCAUUCAUUCUUUCCUUUACACGGAUCAGUCGUCCUGGUCCCUUUGCAGAAAAACAGCCCCAAAGCAUGAUAUUUCCACCCCCAUGCUUCACAGUAGGUAUGGUGCUCUUUGGAUGCAACUCAGCAUUCUUUGUCCUCCAAACACGACGAGUUGACUUUUUACCAAAAAGUUCUAUUUUGGUUUUAUCUGACCAUAUGACAUUCUCCCAAUCCUCUUCUGGAUCAUCCAAAUGCACUCUAGCAAACUUCAGACGGGCCUGGACAUGUACUGGCUUAAGCAGGGGGACACGUCUGGCACUGCAGGAUUUGAGUCCCUGGUGGCGUAGUGUGUUACUGAUGGUAGGCUUUGUUACAUUGGUCCCAGCUCUCUGCAGGUCAUUCACUAGGUCCCGCCGUAUGGUUCUGGGAUUUUUGCUCACCGUUCUUGUGAUCAUUUUGACCCCACGGGGUGAGAUCUUGCGUGGAGCCCCAGAUCGAGGGAGAUUAUCAGUGGUCUUGUAUGUCUUCCAUUUCCUAAUAAUUGCUCCCACAGUUGAUUUCUUCAAACCAAGCUGCUUACCUAUUGCAGAUUCAGUCUUCCCAGCCUGGUGCAGGUCUACAAUUUUGUUUCUGGUGUCCUUUGACAGUUCUUUGGUCUUGGCCAUAGUGGAGUUUGGAGUGUGACUGAGGUUGUGGACAGGUGUCUUUUAUACUGAUAACAAGUUCAAACAGGUGCCAUUAAUACAGGUAACGAGUGGAGGACAGAGGAGCCUCUUAAAGAAGAAGUUACAGGUCUGUGAGAGCCAUAAAUCUUGCUUGUUUGUAGGUGACCAAAUACUUAUUUUCCACCAUAAUUUGCAAAUAAAUUCAUUAAAAAUCCUACAAUGUGAUUUUCUGGGAAAAAAAUUCUCAAUUUGUCUGUCAUAGUUGACGUGUACCUAUGAUGAAAAUUACAGGCCUCUCUCAUCUUUUUAAGUGGGAGAACUUGCACAAUUGGUGGCUGACUAAAUACUUUUUUCCCCCACUGUAUGCAGUACCAGUCAAAGGUUUGGACACACCUACUCAUUCCAGGGUUUUUCUUUAUUUUUAUUUUUACUAUUUUCUACAUUGGAGAAUAAUAGUGAAGACAUCAAAACUAUAGUAACCAAAAAAGUGUUAAAUCAAAAUAUGAGGGAAAAAACGAUUUAAUCCAUUUCAUGCCAAGCGUCGGUUGGAGUGGUGUAAAGCUCGCCGCGAUUGGACUCUGGAGCAGUGGAAACGUGUUCUCUGGAGUGAUAAAUCACACUUCGCCAUCUGGCAGUCCGACGGACUAAUCUGGGUUUGGCGGAUGCCAGGAAAACGCUACCUGCCCGAAUGCAUAGUGCCAACUGCAAAGUUUGGUGGAAGAGGACUAAUGGUCUGGGGCUGUUUUUCAUGGUUCCAGCUAGGCCCCUUAAUUCCAGUGAAGGGAAAUCUUAACGCUACAGCAUACAAUGACAUUGUAGACGAUUCUGUGCUUCCAACUUUGUGGCAACAGUUUGAGGAAGGCCCUUUCCUGUUUCAGCAUGACAAUGCCCCUGUGCACAAAGCGAGGUCCAUAGAGAAAUGGUUUGUUGAUAUCGGUAUGGAAGAACUUGACUGGCCUGCACAGAGCCCUGACCUAAACCCCAUCGAACACCUUUGGGAUGAAUUGGAACCCCGACUGCGAGCCAGGCCUAAUCCCCCAACAUCAGUGCCUGACCUCACUAAUGCUCUUGUGGCUGAAUGGAAGCCAGUCCCCGCAGCAAUGUUCCAACAUCUAGUGGAAAGCCUUCCCAAAGAGUGGACGCUGUUGUAGCAGCAAAGCAUCUGUAGUAAGCCCUUUUGUGGGGAAAGACUCAUUCUGAUUGGCUGGACCUGGCUCCCCAGUGGGUCGGCAUGGCUCCCAAGUGGGUGGGUCUAUGCCCUCCCAGGCCCACCCAUCUCUGCGCCCCUGCCCAGUCAUGGGAAAUCCAUAGAUAAGGGCCUAAUUAUAAUUGACUGAUUUCCUUAUAUGAACUGUAACUCAGCAAAAUCUUAGAAAUUGUUGCAUGUUGUGUUUUUAUUUUUGUUCAGUAUAUAUUACGGUGUAUGGAUUUAGGCGAUUUGGAUUGGAUUUCAUUGGCCGACAAAUCCCUGAAUCCCUAAAUUCAUAGUGUACAUCAACCUUUAUCCAAAUUGAUUUCAUCCACAACUAAUGUAGCUAUGGCAACUUCCUGGAUUAUAAGGCAGCUGUUUAGGGCCAAAAUGAUCACUGCAUAUUGUUAAUCCAUUCAAACAUCUCCUCUGUUAUCUCUCCCAGGACUUUGAGCGUGAGAAACAUGCCCACGGUGUGCUCCAGUUCCAAUUCAACGUGAUGAAAGAAAAGCUAAAACAGAGCGAGGAGUUAUUAACGGUGAGUCCUCCAAGGCAUCCUCGAAAGGAAAACCCCAAGCUUGUCAGGACAGCCAAAACGACCUUAACUGCCACCUUUCAGUUUUCUUAUUUCUGAACUUCCCUGUCUCCUCACUUGCAUGCUGAUCUUCUACUGUUUUCACUCCUCUCACACACUCUCUCCCUCUCUCCUAUUUGUUCCAUCAUCUUCUGCUUUUCUGCUGUCCAGGAGAUCCAUCAGUUGCGUCUCAAGCAGGACAACUUUGUUAGGGAAAUAUCUGACCUGCAGGAAACAGUAGAGUGGAAAGAUAAAAAGAUUGGGGUAUGCCCUGUGAACUCUGACCCAUUCGCUUUGUUAGUACAUUUGAAGUCGGAAGUUUACAUACACCUUAGCCAAAUACAUUUAAACUCAGUUUUUCACAAUUCCUGACAUUUAAUCCUAGUAAAAAUUCCCUGUUUUAGGUCAGUUAGGAUUACCACUUUAUUUUAAGAAUGUGAAAUGUCAGAAUAAUAGUAGAGAGCUUGAUUUAUUUCAGCAUUCACAUUCCCAGUGGGUCAGAAGUUUACAUACACUCAAUUAGUAUUUGGAAGCAUAGCCUUUAAAUUGUUUAACUUGGGUCAAACGUUUCGGGUAGCCUUCCACAAGCUUCCCACAAUAAAUUGGGUGAAUUUUGGCCCAUUCCUCCUGACAGAGCUGGUGUAACUGAGUCAGGUUUGUAGGCCUCCUUGCUCGCACAUGCUUUUUCAGUUCUGCCCACAAAUGUUCUAUAGGAUUGAGGUCAGGGCUUUGUGAUGGCCACUCCAAUACCUUGACUUUGUUGUCCUUAAGCCAUUUUGCCACAACUUUUGAAGUAUGCUUGGGGUAAUGGUCCAUUUGGAAGACCCAUUUGCGACCAAGCUUUAACUUCCUGACUGAUGUCUUGAGAUGUUGCUUCAAUAUAUCCACAUAAUUUUCCUUCCUCAUGAUGCCAUCUAUUUUGUGAAGUGCACCAGUCCCUCCUGCAGCAAAGCACCCCCACAGCAUGAUGCUGCCACCCCCGUGCUUCACGGAUGGGAUGGUGUUCUUCAGCUUCUCUUCCAAACAUAACGAUGGUCAUUAUGGCCAAACAUUUCUAUUUUUGUUUCAUCAGACCAGAGGAAAUUUCUCCAAAAAGUACGAUCUUUGUCCCCAUGUGCAGUUGCAAACCGUAGUCUGGCUUUUUUAUGGCGGUUUUGGAGCAGUGGCUUCUUCCUUGCUGAGUGGCCUUUCAGGUUAUGUAGAUAUAGGACUCGUUUUACUGUGGAUAUAGAUACUUUUGUACCUGUUUCCUCCAGCAUCUUCACAAGGUCCUUUGCUGUUGUUCUGCGAUUGAUUUGCACUUUUCGCACCAAAGUACGUUCAUCUCUAGGAGACAGAACGCGUCUCCUUCCUGAGUGGUAUGACGGCUGUGUGGUCCCUUGGUGUUUAUACUUGCGUACUAUUGUUUGUACAGAUGAACGUGGUACCUUCAGGCAUUUGGAAAUUGCUCCCAAGGAUGAACCAGACUUGUGGAGGUCUACCAUUAUUAUUUAUUUUUUCUGAGGUCUUGGCUGAUCUCUUUUGAUUUUCCCAUGAUGUCAAGCAAAGAGGCACUGAUUUUGAAGGUAGUCCUUGAAAUACAUCCACAGGUACAUCUCCAAUUGACUCAAAUGAUGUCAAUUAGCCUAUCAGAUGCUUCUAAAGCCAUGACAUCAUUUUCUGGAAUUUUCCAAGCUGUUUAAAGGCACAGUCAACUUAGUGUAUGUAAACUUCUGACCCACUGGAAUUGUGAUACAGUGAAUUAUAAGUGAAAUAAUCUGUCUGUAAACAAUUAUUGGAAAAAUUACUUGUGUCAUGCACAAAGUAGAUGUCUUAACCGACUUGCCAAAACUAUAGUUUGUUAACAAGAAAUUUGUGGUGUGGUUGAAAAACAUAAGUUUUUCAACCAACCUAAGUGUAUGUAAACUUUCGACUUUAACUGUACAUGUUCACUUUGAUAGCAUUUGGUGUAUGCAAGUGUAAACCCCCACACAUAAUUGUGAUUUGUGGUGUUAAAAUACACUUGUUCACUUAUGCAGAGAAGUUGAUUCUAGCCAAGUGCAUGAAUACUUGAAACUGUAUACUGUACCCUCACUUUCUCUAUGCUCACUUUCACUUCCUUCACCCAUAUCAUCCUUCGUUCUUCACCUGCACUUCCUCCUCCCCACCAAUGGGGGCACUUCUCAGGCCUUAGAGCGGCAAAAGGAGUAUUUGGACGCCAUCCGAAAUGAACGAGAUGAGCUCAGGGAUGAGGUGGUCCAGCUGAAAGAUAUUCUGAAGGUACUUUGUCAUCUCAGGGGAGUCAGAGCUCUGAAUAUGCAACAGUGGCCCCUGAAACAGGGUUUAUCUAUUGCAGUUAUGCAGCUAUAAUUUACUGUUGUGAGACCCAAAAGCCUGUCAUCAGUCUGUGUUCAUGUCCUACCCAGAAACAUGGAAUUGUCCUUGGACCUGACCUGACCACCAAUGGGGAAAAGGUGAAGGUGGGAACUGAAAGGUCAACUAGUAGAGAUCCAGCUUCUCAAUUGGCUCAGGACUCCCAGACGUCACCCACAGAAGGAGGGAACAUCAUGCUCGGUAAGCACCAUUACUGGACAAAUAUUGCUGUAUGUUGUAAUCAUCUCUUGCUUACCUCAUAGCUUUGCCAAAUUAUAGCUAACUUGAAAACUUAAAUCAUGCCUAAUGCAAACCUGUAUACGUAACCUGAGUUUGGUUGACUGACACUGUUUUUGGACUUCUGCAACUAACUUCUAAGCUUUCACUACUGAUUCUCCUCCCAACCCAUUGCAACCCCUGCACCUGAUUCAUUUGAACUAAUCCAUGUAUCUGAACCAUGAUUAAAGCACAUGGUGUAAACACCCUUGUUUUGGUGCCAUAAUGUGUAUCCUACAUAGUGGUUUCACAUUGAGAGGGUCAUAUGGCUGUCUGAUUUGUGGAAAUGAGCAUGACCUUGUGUUUAUAUUUUCAAUUAUAAACUCUCUGCGUCAACCUGAUUUAAUGUCAAUGGUGUUUGAAGUGUUUGCUGUGGUGUUUUACUUGGUUGGUGUUUACACCAGAGCAUUACACAAAUCAAAAUGAAUCAAUGAAUUAGUCCAUUAAUUGGGUUAUUCAAUGUAGGGUACAUGUAUUUGUUGACAUGUAAAUGCCAUGUCAGUGUCUUCAUUAAGGUUUUUAUCACAUAUUUUCUUGUAAAUGAUUAGGAAAAAGGGACAUUUUUGGUUGUGUUGAAAGUCACGAACCUGUACAUUUCUGGCCAGUCUCAAAGCAAUAUAACACCACAGCAGACAUUUUCAGAGUUUAAGAUUUGCAGCUUGCCAAGGUGCCUCUGACCUUCUCAUCUGCUUUGACAAUUCAUCUGGGAUCAAGAGCUUUGUUUUUGUGAUCUCCUGCUAUUCUUCUUCCCUUUCCUCCUUCUCUUCCUUUUAGGUUUGAUUUUGGCCAAAUUCUUUCAAAUUCCGCUUUGCGCUAAUUGGUCCAGCUUCAACUGACAGAUCUUGAUCAUCAGAAAAAUUACAACACUUGAAACUCCAGGUCACAGUGUUUGGCCUAUAUCACCCUCAUGGUAUCCCCUCAUGGUCUCCUAGGCAGAGCUCAGGAGAUGGAGCUGGGAAGUAGAGGAGAUAAGGUGGUGGAUCCAGGAAGGUCAAGGCAGCAAGUGGAGACACAUGAGGCGGUUCAAGAGAACCAUCUGACCUCGCCCACUUCCUGUAGCCUUGCUGGUGUUUCUGAAACCAAAGCAUCUAUGGAGGCUCUGCCAUUCUCGCCCAAAUUGGGGGAUGAGGUUGAGAUUGAAAGCAGUAAUGUCAACAAAGACUCUGACAAUGGCAUACCAGUAGUAGAGGUCAAACGGGGACCGGUCUGUGAUUCUGAGGUACUUGGGCUUGUAACAGGUCCUGAGGAAGAGGUUACAGGAGCGGGGGAGGGGUACGAAGCAGCAGGCAUAGAGGAGACAGGGCAAGGGAGAGUAGAGGCCACAAACAAAUGGGAAAUGGGAAUAAAAAAUGACAAGGUAGAUGAUAUGGAGACCAAAGUCACCAAGAGUAGUGAUCACACCAAAGAGACAUCCUCAAAAGAGCCUACCUCAGAAUAUGGUGCAGUAGUUGAACAACGUAAUAUAGCAUUGAGUAAAGAGGUUUUGAAAAGUAUAGACUCAUGUCCUCAGCCUAGGGAAACCAUUGAGGACACCAUGAAAAAUGGCACACAGAUUAGCCAAGGGACUGACCAUGAUACUAGUAAGAGCCCAAUAAAAUCAAAAGAUAAGUCUCAACCUAAGCCUCAGAAAACGAAAAAAGCUGGAGUGUUACCAGAGACCACUGACAUGCAGCCACAGGCCCAAGGAGGCAAGAAGAAGAAGAAAGGCAAGAAGGGAGAGACACAAGGUGAUGAAAAACAGGGAGACGAUAACAAGAAGAGCAAAACAGAAAAGGAUGUGGACUCAAUCUUAACAGAUAAGGAGCCAGUAGCGGAGCUAGUAGAAGGAGGUAUCAUAAUAGAGACACAGCAGCUUCUAGAGGGGACCGGUAGUUCACCGGAUCGAGAACUCCAAAGCCUUAAAGAAAAAGUACAAACCAUAGCUGAGGAGGGAUGGAACCUGAAGGAAGAACAACAACUAGCAGAGGACCGGGUAGAGGUUAAGUGUGAGGAGCCUCCCAUUGAAACCCCAGAAGUAUCUCUGAUUGACCAAGCUAAGAGUGAGGAAGUUGUCAAAAAGAAGAAAACGGAAAAGGACAAACAAAAACCUACCAUGGAAUCAGAGAAAUCGGAAAGCGAGAAAUCAGUAUUAUGCCAUGAGUGUGACAUUGGUAUCGCUGAUCCUGUUGACCAGCAAUGUAUAACCAAGUGUAUAACCAGUGCUGAUAACCCUAAGGAGAAAUUAGAAUCCACAACAAAUACUGGUACCCAAAAAGACGAGUCAGGGUACACAACCAACCCUGAUAACUUUGUAGACUGCCUGAACUCUUCAGCUGACCCAAAAUGUCAAUUGGACUCGAAACAGUCCACAGCUGGGAAUUCAAACAAUGUCAAAGAAGAAGAUGCAAUCAAGGUCUCAGUUGAAGAGGCUCAAACAAUCCAAGACACAAAGAAACAGGGAAUUAACUUUCACAGUCCCAUAGUUCUAAGACCGGAGCUCGAGAAGAGCAUGGUACCUGAAGACCUUAUCGCCAAUGAUGGUGUCACUACUCACCCAGACCAUGUUACCGAAAAUGCCAUAAAAGACCUGAAAGCGGCAGGUCAGGAUGAACAAAAUGGGAGCCCAGAUGAGUGUAAAAAUGCACUUGAACAUAAAGACAUUUCGAUAGCACUGCCAGCAAAUGUAGAUAAAUGCACACAUUUAUCAGGAGAGAACUGUGGCACAUCACUCAAUAGCAACUGCCCUGCUGCUGAGACCAUAAGACAGCUUGAACAAUUGGUGGGUCUACCUGGUUGUCCAGUCGCUGACAAGCACUUAGAUGAAAACAACAAGCCAGAAACACUUGAUGGAGAAAAUGCAUCAAAUGGAGGGAUCUCCACAGAGACCGAGCUGAAUGAUACAGAAACACGACUACAGGACCCUGUAGAAGAAACUCCGGAGACAAUUGACUCUUUUAGGGAACAGGGCCACAAUGAAAGCAGACCAUGCACCAUGGUGGCCGAAGCAGAAGAGCAAGAUGAUCCCACUGAGGCCAAUCUGGAGGUUAACAAGGUACCUGGACCCAGUGAGCAGGGGAAUGACGAGGAGGGGAAUGAUGAUAUAGAUGAGGAGGGUCAAUCAUUUGACUUUGACGACCUAGAUUUGGUGGUUUCUGCAAAAGUGUUUCCAGUAAAGUCCCAAGAGGAGGUUAGCCAGGAGGUGAGAAUGAUGAUUGAAGGCGACAAAAUAGAGGUAGAGCCAGGUAGAGAGAAGGCAAAUAAGGAAGAGGAGGACGGCAAACCGCAGGGCACAGUAGAGGGAGUUAGCACGAUAGUGGCAAAGCAGCCACUUGAAGGGGGGUCAGAUGGUGCACCAGAAUAGCUCCGAAGCCCUGAAGAAAAAGCACAAAACAGAGUUGAAGGACAGAAUGCCAAUGAAGAACAACAACUAAUCACAAUACAGGAAGGGAUUAGUGUAAAAUACGAACAGAAAGACAUUGCACAGGAGGGAGUGUGUGUGACUACUGAACCACAAUGUGUAGGAGAGAGUAAGAGGCUGCAGAAUUCAACAGAGUUAGAUUUGCCAGUAGAGGAGAGGGAAGAGGCAAUCCAGUAUGGGUCACAGCAGGGUAGAAGAUAGAGUAGGCAAAGUACGGAUUCAGCAGGGGGCGACGAUGAGCAAUCUAGGACAGGCUCGAAAAAGGGCAGCAAGAAAGGAAAAGGCAAGGGGAAAGAGGACUGUCGAAUGGCCUAG